AUGGCGACGGGCGCCCGCUGCCAUGUGCCCGCGGCAGGUGCUGAUGUCGCACACCGCCCAGUGCCCACCGGAUGCCAACAGGGCACGCCAGGAGGCACCACAGCCAACACCGAGGGGUGGUCGUCGAUGGGCACCGCAAGGGAUGCGCUCGCCCCGGGUCGGCGGCACGAUCCGCUCCUGUUCCUUUUCCCAAAGCCGCUCCCAGGAGACCGCGCAGAGCCGCCCCCGAGCCCCCGGCCUGGCCCUGCCGCCCCCACGCCCCAGCCCCCGGGGCAGCUCCCGCCGCAGAGCGGGGCCGGGCCGGGCCGAACCGGGGGGCAGCGGCCCUUGCGGGGGCUCUGUCCGCCCGCCCCCGCCCCGCGCUCCCCUCGCCCGCGCCCCCCGCCCGAAGCGCGGGCCCCCGGCCCCGUUACCUGCGGGCGGGCGGCCCGUGGGGCGGGGGCCCGGAGCCGCCCCCGGGGAGCCGGGGCAGCCCCGCAUCGCGGUGCGGCGGGCGGGCCGCGGCCGGCACGAACCGGUUGUAACUCGGGCGGGGGAGGAGCUGCCGGGGGCCGCCGCCGCCUCCGCCCGCAGCCCCGGCGCGGGGGGGCUGCCCCGACCCCCCGCCCCUCCGGGCAGGCGAGGCGGGGCGGCCGCUCGGCUCGGACUCACCUCCGCCGCGGAACCCUGCCCCGCUCCCGCUGCUGCUCCGCGGGCAGACCCCCGCCCCGCCGCCUCCCCCCGCCCGGCUGUCGCCGGGGACAGGCGGACACGCGUCCCCGGCCGACGGUCGUCCCCAGCCCGGGGCCGGGCGGCCGCAGCGGAGCCGUGCGGGAGCGGCCCCCGUGCCCCGAGCAGCGGCGGGGGAGCGGCGCUCGCCGCCGUGUCCCGCCGGCUGCCCCUGCCCGCCCCCAGCGCAGCCCCCCCCAUGCUCAGCGAGGCCUGGCCCCGGGGCACGGUGACCGCCACCGCCAUCCCCCGCUCCUUGCACCCGUGCCGAGGCAGCCGCAGGGCCGGGUUCCCUGGGCACUCCGCCGCGGCUCGGAACCUGCGCGGGUCCCCAAGGCAGCGGAACGGCCGCAGGACGGGGAUGGGCGCUGCCUCCCGCCACCAGCCAUGCCAAAAGGCCGCAAACUUGCGCUGCAAACAGCGAUGCAGGCAGCGCACCUGCAGCGCUGCAACCCCAGCCUGCCCGCUCGGGGAGAGACAACUCACUCGUGUAUCAGCGCACCCACUGCCUUCGGAGGCCGUCUCAUCACAGCCCUGGCCCGGAUCCGUGUGCGUGGCACGUCCCGCGCUGUCAGACGUACGGCAAGGUAG